AUGAGCUCGUCCUCGUCGGCUCACAGAACGGCACAACAUACCGACCACCGCAUGUCCUCCGUCAACCCACCCACUUCCCUGCUCCAACAAGACGCACAGGCGUCUGCGAGCGCGUCGCAGUCUUCCCGCCAGCGAGCGUCAGCAGCUUGUCUCCAAUGUCGGCGUCUAAAGUCCAAAUGUCGCCGUGACCCAGACCCAUCCAAGCCGUGCGAGAGGUGCAAGUCGCUCAGGACAGAGUGUGAAGUGGUCAAGAGUCGCCGUGGGCGUGUGCUGGGCAGCAGAAACAAGCAGACGGGAGUGGCCAAGUCCCUCGCCCAGGUCCAUGCCGAGCUCGACCGUCUCAAGCACUCUGGCGACCUGCGCUCUCCGAACGGAAAGAGACGUCGCGUGAGGAGCGAGUCGUAUGUCUCUGGGCAUGAAGAGGAAUAUGAUUCCGACCACCUUAUCUCUGGUGACUCCAACACCCUGUAUGACAUGGACGACUCGUCCGUCCUCACCGAAUUGCCCCUCGAGAGCCGCCAGUCGCCCGAACCCGACAGGGGCGACCAUGCGCACCCCUUGUCGUUACUGUCAAACGUCGGCUCGGCGCUGCAGCAAGAAGUCGUCGUAUCGGAGGGGACGCCCACGCGCAGCACCUCGCCUGCCGAGCACCAUAAACCCCACAUGAUCCACCCGGGGUGGUCGCGUAAGCAGCUCCAGCAAGCAGCGGCCAAGCGUAGUGUCUACUUUCGCCACCGGCCGGGGACCGUCAAGCGCGAUGUGGCCAAAGUGCUGGAUCCAAUCUCGAGGAAGAUGCUCAGCAAGGACCAGGCGGUGCAGCUUGUAGAUGAGUUUAUGACCAUGAUGCAGCCCCAAGUCGGAUUCAUGGACCCCAAGAUCCACACGUUGGACAACUUGCGCGCCCGCUCGGCCCUGCUCGAGACGGCCAUCCUCGCCAUCGCUGCCGGGGCCAAGGAUGCGCCAGGCGCGAAAGAGCUCGCCGAGAGCCUCUACAAGCACGCCGAGGGGCUGCUCGUUACCAUUGUCUCGAGGAACACCAAGAGUCCGGAGAUUGUCCUCGUGAGUUUCCGAGUGCUCGACGCGCAAGCUCACAGCAGGCCCUCCUCGCAUUGUCCCUCUGGCCGAGGUGCCCGGAACGUAUCGUCGAUGACCGGUCGCGAACGAGGUGAGCUGUCGACCCCGAACUCUAAGCUCACAGACAGUUUGAGUGCGUUCUCGGGCCGACCCCCCAUGAUUGCCGGUGACCUGGACCUCGUUUCCAAGAACCGCUGGCUCGACCACCCGUACUGCACGCUCGGCGACCGCAUGGUGGUCGGAUUCUUGGAACUUCGCUCCAUUGAGGUGGGUUUCCCCUUGCUGGAAGUUGUCUGA